AUAAAAUUGAAUUAUUUUGUGUGUAGUGAUUAAGUGAUGUUCAAGUUUUGUUAUGACAGACAGUAAUUUUGCUAACGAAUCCAAAGUUCUCAUUAGAACAUACACAUCAUUCAUUGGUGGAAAGAUACCAACUACUGGUCAUCAGCACCCAAAACAUCCUAGUUGGGCCACAGUAUUAUUACAACAAUGGGGUACAAGGCAAUGGAAUGGACAGCAUCAGAGGCUACAUGGUCAAGACAGUCCGUGUAUUUCUACUUGCACCACAGCUACGAAUCUGUCCUCACUUGGAGAUUUUCAGUCAAAUUCUACAAUCAACAAUUCGCGCAGAAUGAACUUGGAAGAAAAUCUAAGGAUGACAAUACCUGAAAUUGAACCGCUACAGAAUAAGGAGAAAAAUGAGGAUGAGACAGAUAUUGUAGUAGAAAUAUCAACAACUAACAAUUCUGUACCCUUAAGGCAGAUUAAAACUCAGUUACUUACUGCUAUAGCCGUAUCAUGGGUAUCCAUGAUCAUCGGAUACUGUUCAGCUUAUACCUCGCCAGCAUCUCUAUCAUUAGAGAGGGAUUUCAAUCUUGAUCCAGGCAAGAUCACAUGGAUCACCAGUUUGAUGCCCUUGGGAGCAUUGGCUGGAGGAAUAAUUGGUGGUACCUUAAUAGAAAACUUAGGAAGGAAAUGGACGAUACUACUUACCGACUUAACAUUUUUAGUCGCUUUUAUUAUAAACUUUUUUGCACAAAACUACAUCUACAUGUACAUCAGUCGUGUGCUUUCUGGAGCCAGUGUGGGUAUACUAUCCCUGACACUGCCAGUGUACUUAGCAGAAACCGUGCAACCAGAAGUGCGAGGAACUUUGGGCCUACUACCCACAGCUUUUGGUAACAUCGGAAUAUUAUUGUGCUACUUAUUUGGUACCUUCUACGAAUGGCAACCGCUGGCAUUAGUGGGAGUCGUUCUCGCCAUACCAUUUGUGAUAGUAUUUUGGGUGAUAAGGGAAACUCCCAGGUACUUAAUAUCUAAGGGUAAAGAGGAAGAGACUAGGGAGGCUUUGCAAUGGCUGCGUGGAAAGAAUACCGACGUCAGUAAGGAGUUCCAAGAAUUGAAAAAGAGCCAGCAAGAAGCAGAUGACGAGGCUACCAGCUUAAAAGUCUUGUUCUCGAUGCAUAACUUAAAAUUAAUGGGCAUUGUGUUAGGACUUAUGGGUUUCCAACAAUGGAGUGGCAUUAACGCUGUUAUAUUCUACACAACCAAAAUAUUCAGAGAGUCUGGAUCGUCACUAAACGAAUCUGUUUCCACUACGAUAGUGGGUAUAGUUAACUUUAUAUCUACUUUCAUAGCUGCUGCUCUUAUUGACAAACUUGGCAGAAAAAUACUCCUCUACAUUUCUGCAGUAUCGAUGGUUUUGUCCCUGGGUGUUCUUGGAGCAUAUUUCUUCCUGAAAGAUGUUAGCCAUAUAGAUGUCACAGUUAUAGGAUUCCUACCGUUAGCCAGUUUCAUAGUUUACGUAUUGGGUUUCUCCCUUGGAUUCGGCCCGAUCCCUUGGUUGAUGAUGGGAGAAAUCUUACCAGCCAAAAUCAGAGGACCAGCUGCCUCGGUAGCCACUGCAUUUAACUGGACCUGUACUUUCAUAGUUACUAAAAUAUUCCUAAUAUUGGCUCAGAGUAUUGGUUUCCAUUUCACUUUCUGGAUUUUCGGCGGUGUGGUAUUCCUAGCACUGCUGUUCACGAUAUUCUUCGUACCAGAAACAAGGGGACAAAGCUUGGCGGAUAUUGAAAGGAAGCUAGCUGGUAUUAAAGUGAGAAGAAUGAGCUCCGUAGCUAAUUUGAAACCAAUGCCAUCUAGUUUUUAAGUUUUUCGACUGAUAUGAAUGAAUCUCCUUAGAAUUUUUCCGUAUUUUAGGCUGUAGCAAUAAUAUGUAAAAAAUUAGUUCAUAUUGAAUAAUAAAUACCUAAGUGAUAAUGUGUACAUAGCAGGAUUUUAUUUAUUAUAAAUAUAUUUUUAUAGUUGUUUAAAUAAAUAUAUUUUUAAAACC